AUGGCCUCAGCACCAAGCAACGCCGACUUCAAGCCCGCACUGGUCAUCGUCGACGUGCAGGAGGACUUCUGCCCUCCUAACGGCGCCCUCGCAGUGCAGGACGGUCGUACCAUCGCACCCACGAUCAACCGUCUGCUGCGCCUACCCUUUGCGGCACGAGUCGCGACCAAGGACUGGCACCCGCGUGACCACGUCUCCUUCGCGUCGAACCACGCCGCGCCGGACAACGUUCCCUUCGUCACGACCGUUACCAUAGCAAACCCGCUCAACGCUAGCGAGACGCAGACGACGCGACUGUGGCCAGACCACUGCAUCCAAGGCACGCCUGGUGCCGAGUUGAUCCCGGAGCUUGACCAGAGUCGCGUCACGCACGUCCUCGAGAAGGGCCAGGAUCGCCGGGUCGAGAUGUACUCCGCCUUUGCCGAUCCGUUUCGUAGCCCGACCGUCGCACGUAGCGGGCUCGCCGAUUUGCUCAGGGCUGCUGAUGUGUCUGACGUCUUCGUCGUUGGCCUGGCGAUGGACUAUUGCGUCAAGUUCACCGCGCUGGACGCGGUGAGGGAGGGCUUCAGGACGGUCGUCGUGACCGAAGGAACGAAGCCGGUGGAUCCCUCCAAAUGGGCCGAGGUGCAGCAAGAAAUGGAGGCGGCUGGGGUAGGCUUCGUGAGCGUGGAUGGGGAUGAGAUCAAGAGGGUGGAGCAGCUAUAG